UCAAUUAACAUCCCAACGAUGAAGUUCUACAUGCUGUUCGUUCUUCUGCUGAUUGCACUGGUGGCAGUUCAGGCAGCACCAAGGCGCAGCCGCGGUGAUGGUGGAUCCAGCGCCACAGCAAACGCAAACGCCAGCGCCGUAUCCCAGGGCGGCGGCAGGUCCUCGGCUAGCGCAAAUGCAUCUGCCAAUGCAUCUUCCAGUGGCGGCCGUCGUAGGGGCUAA